UGUAAUGGCGGAUGCAAAGUAAGCUGUCAAAGUAUGGUGCAUUAUGUUUUUUCUUUGAUUCAUGAACAAUCAAAUACGAUUUAUACAGAAAAUCAACGAUUAAGCGGAAAGGUAACAAAUAUGCGUUAAGUACGUGAAAUUAUGAGAUAACUAACGCAAUCGAUGUAAUUUGUAUAUAUAACUAAAAGUGCGAAUCUCUUGUACAUACCAAUUAAUAUCUCUAUAAAACAAUUUCUACUUUACCAUGAUGAAUAAUCGAAGGCGAACAAAUAACUUCACUUAUGUUAGUUCUUGUGUGAAGUACAUGAUAUUUAUGCUCAAUUUUGUUUUUUGGUUAUUUGGAGGACUUCUAAUUGGAGUAGGUUUAUAUGCAUUUGUGGAUAAAUGGCAAGCAACGGGUUCUGUUAGAGUGGAAAAUGUAUAUGAUGUGAUCCUCAAUAUAUCACUUGUGAUGGUUAUUGCAGGAGGAGUAGUCUUUGUUGUUAGUUUUGCAGGAUGUGUUGGAGCAUUACGUGAAAAUACUUGUCUUCUUAAGUUUUAUUCAUUAUGUUUAUUGGUAUUCUUCCUUCUUGAAAUGGGUAUUGCAAUUGUUGGUUUUGUAUUCCCACACACAUUGCAAUCAUUAUUGGAAGAAUCAUUUACAGAUAAAAUCAUACAAACUUAUAGGGAAGAUCCUGAUUUACAAAAUUUUAUUGAUUUUGGACAACAAAAAUUUAGGUGUUGUGGCUUAAGUCAAGAAGGAUAUUUGGAUUGGGGAAAAAAUGAAUAUUUUAAUUGCUCCAGUCCUAGUGUAGAACGGUGUGGUGCACCAUUUUCAUGUUGCAUUAAUGCUACAGAUAUAUCAAGUGGUCUUGUGAAUAUAAUGUGUGGCUAUAAAGUACAAAUGCUACCAGUAUCUGAAGCAGGCAAGAAAGUAUGGACUAGUGGUUGCAUCGAAAUUGUACGAAGUUGGGCUGAACGUAAUUUGUACACAAUAGCUGGUAUUGCUUUAGGUAUAGCUCUUAGUCAACUUUUUGUCAUUUAUCUUGCCAAAACAUUAGAAGGUCAAAUUGAACUGCAAAAGUCUCGUUGGCAUUCCUGAGCUUGACUUCAGGCCACCUACCGCUAUCAGAUUCAUUCUCCUCCCAACAGGCAGGUGGCCAAUGGCCGAACAAGAGGCCAAGAUAAUGAAACAAAUGUAAAUGUCCGGAUGACAUUACUUGUUCUUUUUGCAAUCUCUGUAUACAUAGUAUGCAUUCUUUCUUUAAUCAGACUCGUACUUUAUUUCAAAAACUAUUUCCAUGUAUAUUUAAGCAAAGGCUAGCUUUUAUUUUUUUUAUAUAUUAUUCUAGUUUUCUAAUUAUUUUUUUUUCUAUUAUUAACUUAUUUUAUAUCUUUAUCGAAUCUUUAUUAUCAUAUAUUUAAAUGAUAGUUAUAUAUUUUCUUUUUCGAAAUUUUAUACAAUUUACAGGCUGAUUAUGUUUAAACUAUAGAAAUCCAAUUUAAGGUAGAAUAUCUGAAAGCGAAUAUUAUUCAAUCUACACAUUUAGUUACAUAUAAAAUUUGUUGCAAAAAUUACUCAACAAAAAAGAAGUUUCAAUUGACAUAAGAUUAUAUAUAAAUUAUAUAUAUAUUAAAAUAAGCGGAAUUGAUUUUAUAAAAACAUUGAUUCUUACAUAUAAUUCUUAAAAGGUAUGUGUUUAUAACAUUAAAUUGGUUGGUAAUUUUUGCAUCAAAAUUUUAAAACAUUAUUCGCACAUUAUAUGUAAUAGUACUAUAAGUAUUAAGAACAUCAAGCCUUUAAAUGUCCUACAAAAGACUUACAUUAAACAGCUUAAGAAGUAGAUACAAUUCAUAAGAGAUUUAUGAUUUUUUAUAUAUUUACAUAAUUAUUUCACCGUGUGUGUUACUAUGUGAAACUUUUAUGAUUUUAUGACUAGUAUCAAUUACUUAAUUCGCCAAAAUAUAAUAAAAUACUGAUGCGGUUAAAACACGCACAUGGUUAAGAACAUUACUCAAUAUCUCUUGCUAUAUAUUUAUCUUUUUUAAUAUUUACACGUAAUUUAUAUUACAAGACUAUUAAUAAGUACAUAGUCAUUUCUGAAUCGAUAUUACUGAUUCUUUUAUUAUGCUAUAUUAGUGUAAUUCAAGUAAGUCAAAAAAGAAAAGAACGUCCAGUGCCAAAGUCAAAGCAUCAUCAUUAUUUUAUUUGAAACAAACUUGACAAUAAUCUGGUGUAAAUGAUUUCUUUAUUAAGUACAUACAUAGUACAUCUGCGUGUCUUUUUAUCAAGAGUAAAUGUAAAACAUAUAUAUAUAUAUAAAUGUAUAUAUAUAUAUAUAUAUAUAUAUAUAUAUAUAUAUAUAUAAAACUAUCUAGUUUGUAAUAAACAAAUAUUAUUCUAAAA